AGCAGUUUGAAAAUCAAUCACAACUCCUCCCACCUGUUCUUUCCAAACAGCCCUUUUUCUCUUCACUUCAGCCAUGCGAUCGUCGUGGCUCCUAGCGGCUGCUGCCUUGCCCUUUGCGGUGACGGGCCUCACUGUUGAUGAGACUGAUGAUGGCAUUGUCGUUGACACGGAGGGCGAAAGUGGCAUCAAAGUGACUAUCGACUCCACGGGAUCAAUCUCGUCAAUUGUUUAUCAAGGCGAAGAAUAUCAAUCCUCUGAUACUAGCAGUCACAUUGCCUCUGGAUUGGGCGAAGCCACCAAGACAACCCACACCACAGAAGGUUGUGCCAUUUACAUGGGCACCUAUACGGUUGAUCAGCCAAGCGUGGGCGAAUUGCGCUACAUUGCCCGGCUCGUCAACCUUCCUCAGGCCUACAAGGAGGGUAAAGUCUCCGACACUACCGACGGAGAGACAAUUGAAGGUAGCGAUGUUUUCCUCGUCGAUGGCGAGACGAGAGGAAAGUUCUACUCCUCCCAGCGCUUCAUCGACGACAGCGUAUACUGCGCAUAUACGGAGGAUAGUUCUGUUCAUGCAUGCUUCCUGUCCGACACCAGAUCGCGUGAAAAGUCCUCCGGGGGACCUUUCUUCCGUGAUAUUGACCUCAACAAUGGUGGUAGCUACCAUUCUGUCACUUUCUACAUGAACUCGGGCCAUGUCCAGACGGAAGACUUCCGCACGGGCUUCUUUGGUCCCUAUGUUCUGUCUUUUAGUGGAAGUGAUAUUCCUUCAUGGGAUGACUUCGAUGUUUCUUUCUUCAAUGACCUUGAUUUGGAAGGCUAUGUCGGCUCUUCCGGACGCGGCGUUGUUUCCGGCAAGGCCAGUGGUACUUCUGACAAAUUUCCAGCCAUCGUGCAUUUGUACAACGAUGAGUACCAAUCUUGGGCCAACGCCUCCUCAGGAACAUUUACCACGCCCGAGAUCGUUGAGGGUGAUUACACGCUGGCUCUAUACCAGGGCGAGCUUCUCGCAGCCACAACCACCGUGUCCGUUGCGGCGGGCGAGACGGCCUCUGCCUCCAUCAGCGCCACCAACCCCAUCAUCACGCAGGAGCGGACCACAGUUUGGCAGAUCGGCGAAUACGAUGGCACUCCGCAGGGUUUCCUCAACGCAGACAAGCAGCUUCGCAUGCACCCGUCGGAUGACCGAAUGGGUUCGUGGAACGCCUCAGCCUUCGUGGUUGACGAGAGCGAGACCGGCGACUUUCCCAUGGCCAUCUUCGCGGACGUGAACGACGGACAAGAAGUGCAAUUCAGCCUCUCCGAAUCCAUUUCAUCGGACGUGAUAGUGCGAAUUGCCACCACGCUUGCCUUCCAGAGCGGUCGGCCCCAGCUUACUCUCAACGAGGCCUCCUGCGACGCCCCCGACGCCCCCUCGAAGAUUGACAGCCGGGGAGUGACCCGCGGCGCUUACCGUGGCUUUGGUGAGGUCUACAACUGUACCUUUGCGGCCGACGACCUGGUGCAAGGCGACAACACUUUGAAGAUUAGUGUUGUGUCCGGAUCCGGCGGAGAGGGAUUCCUUAGCGCCAACUACAUCAUCGAUGCGGUCGAACUCUACUACGUCUAAAUGUCGUGAGGAUAUAAUUAGAACUGC